AUGAGUGAUCAUGCAUCAGGUUACCAGGCCCAGGGCAAACCCAGGGGGCCCCAGGCCCAGGCCCAGUGCUCACCCAGGGGCCCCAGUCCCAGGCCCAGUGCUCAUCCAGGGGCCCCAGUCCCAGUGCUCACCCAGAAGGUCCCAGGCCCAGUCCUCACCCAGGGGGCCCCAGGCCCAAUGUUCACCCAGGGGCCCCUGUCCCAGGCCCAGGGGCCCCAGGCCCAGUGCUCACCCAGGGGGCCCCAGGCCCAGUGCUCACCCAGGGGCCCCAGUCCCAGGCCCAGUGCUCACACAGGGGCUCCAGUCCCAGGCCCAGUGCUCACCCAGGGGCCCCAGUCCGAGGCCCAGUGCUCACCCAGGGGCCCCAGUCCCGGGCCCAGCGCUUACCCAGGGGGCCCCAGUCCCAGCACUAACCCAGGGGCCCCAAUCCCAGGCCCAGUGCUCACCCAGGGGCUCCAGUCCCAGGCCCAGUGCUUACCCAGGGGCUCCAGUCCCAGGCCCAGUGCUCACCCAGGGGUUCCAGUCCCAGGCCCAAUGCUCACCCAGGGGGCUCUAGUCCCAGUGCUCACCCAGGGGGCCCCAGGCCCAGUGCUCACCCAGGGGGCCCCAGGCCAGUGCUCACCCAGGGGCCCCAGGCCCAGUGCUCACCCAGGGGCCCCAGUCCCAGGCCCAGUGCUCACCCAGGGGCUCCAGUCCCAGGCCCAGUGCUCACCCAGGGGCCCCAGUCCUAGGCCCAGUGCUCACCCAGGGGCCCCAGUCCCGGGCCCAGCGCUUACCCAGGGGGCCCCAGUCCCAGCACUCACCCAGGGGCCCCAGUCCCAGGCCCAGUGCUCACCCAGGGGCUCCAGUCCCAGGCCCAGUGCUCACCCAGGGGCCCCAGUCCCAGGCCCAGUGCUCACCCAGGGGCCCCAGUCCCGGGCCCAGCGCUUACCCAGGGGGCCCCAGUCCCAGCACUCACCCAGGGGCCCCAAUCCCAGGCCCAGUGCUCACCCAGGGGCUCCAGUCCCAGGCCCAGUGCUUACCCAGGGGCUCCAGUCCCAGGCCCAGUGCUCACCCAGGGGUUCCAGUCCCAGGCCCAGUGCUCACCCAGGGGCCCCAGUCCCGGGCCCAGUGCUCACCCAGGGGGCCCCAGGCCCAGUGCUCACCCAGGGGGCCCCAGGCCCAGUGCUCACCCAGGGGGCCCCAGGCCCAGUGCUCACCCAGGGGCCCCAGUCCCAGGCCCAGUGCUCACCCAGGGGCCCCAGUCCCAGGCCCAGUGCUCACCCAGGGGCCCCAGUCCCAGGCCCAGUGCUCACCCAGGGGCCCCAGUCCCGGGCCCAGCGCUUACCCAGGGGGCCCCAGUCCCAGCACUCACCCAGGGGCCCCAAUCCCAGGCCCAGUGCUCACCCAGGGGCUCCAGUCCCAGGCCCAGUGCUCACCCAGGGGCCCCAGUCCCAGGCCCAGUGCUCACCCAGGGGCCCCAGUCCCAGGCCCAGCGCUCACCCAGGGGCCCCAAUCCCAGGCCCAGUGCUCACCCAGGGGCCCCAGUCCCAGGCCCAGUGCUUACCCAGGGGCUCCAGUCCCAGGCCCAGUGCUCACCCAGGGGUUCCAGUCCCAGGCCCAGUGCUCACCCAGGGGGCCCCAGGCCCAGUGCUCACCCAGGGGCCCCAGUCCCAGGCCCAGUGCUCACCCAGGGGCUCCAGUCCCAGGCCCAGUGCUCACCCAGGGGCCCCAGUCCCAGGCCCAGUGCUCACCCAGGGGCCCCAGUCCCGGGCCCAGCGCUUACCCAGGGGGCCCCAGUCCCAGCACUCACCCAGGGGCCCCAAUCCCAGUCCCAGUGCUCACCCAGGGGGCCCCAGGCCCAGCGCUCACCCAGAGGCUCCAGUCCCGGGCCCAGUGCUCACCCAGGGGCUCCAGUCCCAGUCCCAGUGCUCACCCAGGGGCCCCAGUCCCAGGCCCAGCGCUCACCCAGAAGGCCCCAGUCCCAGGCCCAGUGCUCACCCAGGGGGCCCCAGUCUCGGGCCCAGUGCUCACCCAGGGGGCCCCAGGCCCAGUGCUCACCCAAGGGCCUCAGUCCCGGGCCCAGUGCUCACCCAGGGGGCCCCAGUCUCGGGCCCAGUGCUCACCCAGGGGGCCCCAGGCCCAGUGCUCACCCAGGGGGCCUCAGUCCCGGGCCCAGUGCUCACCCAGGGGGCCCCAGUCUCGGGCCCAGUGCUCACCCAGGGCGCCCCAGGCCCAGUGCUCACCCAGGGGCCUCAGUCCCAGGCCCAGUGCUCACCCAGGGGCUCCAGUCCCAGGCCCAGUGCUCACCCAGGGGGCCCAGAUUUGAUCCAAUGCGGAGAGGCAGAAACGGAAAAGCUUUCCACCAGGAGCCAGACGCCACCCGAACACUUUCCAGACUCUUUCUCCUCCUCAACUGAGUAUCCCACUAAGAUGGCCGCCUCUCAACAUGCCUGGCCAAUCACAGGCUGUUCCCUGCAAGUGCCUAUGCCAGGCCAACUGGAGAGGGACUGGAGCCAAGACCCCUGCCAGGCCCGGGGCCCCCUGGGUGAGCACUGGGUCCGAGACUGGGGCCCCCUGGGUGAGCACUGGGCCUGGGACUGGGGCCUUCUGGGUGAGCGCUGGGACUGGGGCCCCCUGGGUGAGCACUGGGACUGGGGCCCCCUGGGUGAGCACUGGGCCUGGGACUGGAGCCCCCUGGGUGAGCACUGGGCCCGGGACUGA